AUGCUACGACUUCGCAGAUACCGGGUUUAUCUGAUCAUCACUGCGGUCGCCUUGCUUCUUCUGUAUCGUAUGUCUCAAGAUGCAGACUGGGAAGGACUGCCCAUGAGAAUCGACUAUGGCGCCGGUGCCAAGUCCAAGUCCGAGGCACCACUUUCCGAACCGCUGAGGAACACCGAUCACCUCCCCGAGACACUCGACCUGCAACGGAAACGGCCGCAAGGGCAGAGACCUCUCCAGGACCAAGAGAAAGAGCCGGAGAAGAUUAAGAUACCGGAUUUGAAGGAACCUUUUGUUGAUGGCGACCAAGCCGACUAUACCUUGCCCACGACGACCCGAUCCAAACCCGAGCCAACGUCCGUCGACAAGUUGCCCUCUGAAGACAGCGCUACGGCAGCCGACGCACCUGUCGUGGUUAUACCCGAUCGAAAGACGCCACACCAGGUCUGGGAGGAGCAGGCAGAGCUAGAGAAACAAGAGAAGCUGCGUCAGGAUGGCCAGCAAAAGCAAACUACGGCCGAGACAAAGACAAGGGCGACGACAACCACUACCACCACCGCACAUUGGCAAAAGCCUACGGAGAUUUUCACCAUUGCCCCCGAGUCCAUCAUCUCUCUGCCGACAGGCAAGCCGAAGGCGAUCCCCAAGGUGCAGCAUGGAUUCAAGCAGGAGACCGCAGAGGCCCGUGAUCAGCGUGAAGGUCGCCUUGCCAAGGUCAAGUCCGAGAUGAAGCGCGCAUGGGACGGUUACCGAAGCUAUGCAUGGAUGCACGACGAAUUGUCGCCGGUGACCCAGAAAUUCCGUGAUCCAUUCUGUGGAUGGGCUGCCACCUUGGUAGAUGCCCUCGAUACUCUGUGGAUCAUGGGGAUGAAGGAAGAAUUCGAAGAGGCCGUGCAGGCUGCUGCCAAGAUCGACUUCACCACGGCUUCGCGGAUGGAGAUACCUGUGUUUGAGACGACAAUCAGAUACUUGGGCGGCUUUCUCGGCGCCUAUGAUGUGAGCGGCGGCCACGAGGGUGGCUACCAAAUCUUGCUCGAAAAGGCUGUCGAGCUGGCGGAGAUCCUCAUGGGCGUUUUCGACACCCCUAAUCGCAUGCCCAUCCUGUAUUACGGCUGGAGGCCGUCGUCUACUGGACGCCCGAGGCGUGCAGCGGCCGGUGCCAAUCUCGCUGAAUUGGGCUCGUUGUCGAUGGAGUUCACGCGGCUGGCGCAGCUUACCCAGGAGAACAAGUACUAUGACGCUAUUGCACGUAUUACUGACGCCCUGGAGGAGUGGCAAAGCAGGCCUAAUGGGACUGCAAUUCCUGGCAUCUUCCCGGAAAGCGUGGAUGCGACAGGCUGCAACAGGACAGCUGCCAGAGAUGCUGAAAUUCGGCUUAGUGAGGAAGAGGCCCAAAAGGUUCAGAGUGUCAUGGAUACUCCCGAUGACUACACGGGUAGGGAAUACAGCCAGAAGUCAAAAGCUUCGGCUAUGAACAAGAAGGUCUCCGAUUCUUCUCAUGUAGGCAAAACAGGUGGCACAGGCGCCGGCAAGCCGAAGUCUCUGAACUCGCGCUCAGCGAUUGAUGAUGAUGACGAGGACCCGCAAGAUCGUCCCUUGACAGUGAAGACUGGCGCAGCUGCCAUCAAGCAGAAGCCAACUGCACCUGAGAUCCCGUCAGCUCCAGAUCUCUACCAGCAGAUGAUGAUCGAGAAAGUCACAGCCGAGCCUUAUACCAUCGCAGAACUCGGCACAGAAGUCUGUUAUCCGCAGGGACUCACUUCCGGGGGAUGGGGAAGAGACUCGUUCAGCAUGGGCGGCUCCCAAGAUUCAACGUACGAGUACUUCCCCAAACAGUACCUACUGUUGGGAGGACUGGAAUCCAAAUAUCGGGAUAUGCAUCUGAAAGUUGCAGAGGCUGUCAAGAAGUGGCUGCUUUACCGUCCCAUGGUCCCCGGUGACCGUGAUAUCUUAUUCAGUGCGAAGCUGACGACGAUGGGAAAUCCGCUCGAGGAUGCUCUGACCGAGUAUGAAGUGACGCACCUGACCUGUUUCCUCGGUGGCAUGUUCGGCAUGGCUGGCAAGAUCUUCGAUGACCCCAUGGACGUGGAGAUUGGCAAGAAGCUCACCGAUGGAUGUGUUUGGGCAUACGAAACGAUGCCGACCGGUAUCAUGCCCGAGGGUGCUACUGUCGUCCCAUGCUCCAAUGCAGGAAGUUGCAAGUGGAACGAGACCCUAUGGCACCAGUACCUGGACCCUCUGUGGAACACACGCGAGGUGCAGAUUGAGGAUUAUUACAAGCGAAAGGCGGAGAAGAAAAAGGAGGCUGCCGAACAAGCAGCGCUCGAAGCCAAAGAGAACGCUGCCCUAGCCUCCGGUGGGGAUAGCACGAUGCACCAAAGUCCUGCUGCCGGCGAGACCGAUACCAAGGUGUCCAAAGCGACGGUUGAAAGAGAGAGUGAAGUUUUGAAGCGAGGCCUGGGUACUACUCCCCACGAGGAACUUGAGACCAGCUCGAACGACAACUCACCGCCGACCAAGACCACAAAGAAGCUGGUUCUCGAAGAUUCGUUGGACUUCAACCUUGCAGGCGGCACUAGAAGGGUCGGCGCACCAGUGAAGAAGACGAACGCCCAGAUUCCCUUGACCGAUGAAGACGAGGAGGAUCCCUUGAAGCCGGACCCGCACAAACCUCUUAGCCAUGAGGAAUACAUCGCGACUCGAAUUAAGAAUGAGAAGAUCCCCGGGGGCUUCGUGACCAUCAACCACAGGCACUACAUCCUUAGACCCGAGGCCAUCGAAUCCGUCUGGUACAUGUAUCGCAUCACGGGCGACACGACGUGGCAGGACAAGGGCUGGAGGAUGUUCGAGUCCAUCAUCGCCGCCACGCAGACCGAGGCGGGCCACAGUGCGGUCCAGGAUGUGCUGACGCCGGGCUCCUCCAAGUCCAACGAGAUGGAGAGCUUCUGGCUCGCCGAGACCCUGAAGUACUUCUAUCUCCUAUACAGCACGCCCGAUGUCAUCAGCCUCGACGAUUGGGUGCUGAACACGGAGGCGCAUCCCUUCAAGCGGCCGACGACUGCUUGA